GGGGCGGGGCCAACCGGAGGGCCUGGUUUUACCGGGGACGGUCGCCGGAAGUUGAGCGGCCCCCUGUGGAAGUGACGUAGGAGAGCUGAGGGGGUCUGAGCAGGGACGGGAAGGGGCGAAAAGUGACGGAAAGCGGCGGAAAGUGCCGGGAACGGGAGAGAAUCGGGAAGCGGCGAACGGGAACGGGAGAGAAUCGGAACGGCGGCGGACGGCGACCGGAAACGGAAAGCGCCGAGCGCGGCCGGAAAGCGCCGAACGGAGGCGGAAAUCGGCGGAAAUACCCGAGCAGUGCCGGAAAUCAGCGAGCACCAUCGGAAAAACCCGAGCGGUGACGGAAAGGCCCCGAAGCUGCGACGGAAAGCGCCGAGCGCGGCCCGAGCGGCGCCGGAAGUGGCCGAGCGCGGCCGGAAGUGGCCGAGCGCAGCCGAGCGCGGACGGAGCCGCCGCGGCCUGAGCGCGGCCCGGGAGAGGAGCGGGAGGCGGCACCGGGAGCGGCCCCGAGGCACCGCGAGGGCUCGGCCAGGGCUCGGCCAGCGCCGCCAUGUCCGACUUCGACGAGUUCGAGCGGCAGCUGAACGAGAACAAGCAAGAGCGUGACAAGGAGAACCGGCACCGCAAGCGCUCCCACAGCCGCUCCCGCAGCCGUGACCGCAAACGGCGCAGCCGCUCCCGGGAGAGGCGGAACCGUGACCAGAGGAGCGUCAGCCGCGACCGACGGCGCCGCAGGUCACCCCUGAGCCUCUCGGGACCCCUGAGCCGCUCCCCCCGGCACGAGAAAAAGAAGAAAAUCCGGAAAUAUUGGGAUGUGCCCCCCCCCGGCUUCGAGCACAUCACCCCCAUGCAGUACAAGGCCAUGCAGGCCGCGGGUCAGAUCCCGGCCACGGCCCUGCUGCCCACCAUGACCCCCGACGGCCUGGCCGUCACCCCCACGCCGGUGCCCGUGGUCGGCAGCCAAAUGACGCGGCAGGCGCGGCGCCUCUACGUGGGCAACAUCCCUUUUGGCAUCACUGAGGAGGCGAUGAUGGAUUUCUUCAACGCCCAGAUGCGCCUGGGGGGGCUGACCCAGGCCCCCGGGAACCCCGUGCUGGCCGUGCAGAUCAACCAGGACAAGAACUUCGCCUUCCUCGAGUUCCGCUCGGUGGACGAGACCACGCAGGCCAUGGCGUUCGACGGCAUCAUCUUCCAGGGGCAGUCGCUCAAGAUCCGGCGGCCCCACGAUUACCAACCCCUGCCUGGGAUGUCUGAGAAUCCUUCGGUCUAUGUGCCCGGUGUGGUGUCCACGGUGGUCCCGGACUCCGCCCACAAACUCUUCAUUGGGGGCCUCCCCAAUUACCUGAACGACGACCAGGUGAAGGAGCUGCUGACGUCCUUCGGGCCCCUCAAGGCUUUCAACCUGGUCAAGGACAGCGCGACCGGGCUGAGCAAGGGCUACGCCUUCUGCGAGUACGUGGACAUCAACGUCACUGACCAGGUACUAAAUACACCCAAAAACUGCCCUGAAAUGGGCCCAAAAAUGGCCCAAAAACUGCCCAAAAAUGGCCCAAAAACUGCCCAAAAAACUGCUCAAAAAUGGCCCAAAAAUGGCCAAAAUCUGCCCCGGGGCUGA